UCAGCAGGUUGUGGGAGGAGACAGUCAGGCAGGGUUAUAAAGACUCUGGUUCAGAUUUCAGUCAUCACACCUCUCCUGAACAGCUUCAUCCCACACGGUGUAAAGCCAGACCAGCUACAGACACAAGCAACCAUGGUGAAGCGUGUUGCAGUUAUUCUCUCAGGCUGUGGAGUCUAUGAUGGCACAGAGAUCCAUGAGGCGUCCGCUGUCCUCGUCCACCUGAGUCGGGCCGAUGCAAAAGUGCAGAUGUUUGCUCCCAAUGCAGAUCAGAUGCACGUUGUCAAUCACUGUGAGGGGAAACCUACAGAGGAGAAAAGAAACGUCCUGCAGGAAAGUGCCCGCAUCGCCAGGGGUGACGUGACUGAUCUGGCCAAGUUAGAUGUUUCAGCAUUUGAUGCUGCCAUCAUCCCAGGGGGCUUUGGUGUGGCGAAGAACCUGAGUGACUGGGCAGUGAAGAAUAAGGACUGCACCGUCCAGCCACAGCUGGAGAAAGUCAUCAGGGCUUUCCACAAAGCUGGAAAACCACUGGGCAUGUGCUGCAUCUCUCCCAUUCUGGCUGCCAAAAUCCUGCCUGGCUGUGAAGUCACUGUGGGACAGGACAAAGAGUGUGAAAAGUGGCCAUAUGCUGGGACAGCCGGUGCUUUGAAGGAGAUGGGCUGCAAACAUGUCAACACGGAUGUGGAUAAAGCACACGUUGAUGUCAAAAAUAAGCUGGUCACCACCUGUGCAUUCAUGUGCAAUGCUCCCAUUCAUAAAGUCUAUGAUGGAGUAGGAGUCAUGGUUAAAGAGACACUGAAACUGGCUUAAGAAGUCUCUUAUUACAUACAGGUGUUUACUUUAAACUAAAUUGUGAUUUCUAUAUAAGCGUGGUGUUUAGAUAUUACACCUCACAUCAUAUACUGUAUGUGUUGUUUUGAAACGUUCAAUAAAAGUUACUCUACAAUUUA